AUGCCUCGCCUUCGCCGGUAUCGCGUGCUGCUUGUGUUUGCUGCAGUCGGCAUUCUCGCCUUCUUCCAUUUCACCCAGACCCGGAAAUGGCCUCCUGAUCGGAGCUCUCAGAAGCCCCUAGACUUUGAGAAGAGCAAGCCUGCUAUUCUUCAGCAGCCGGCGGAAGGUCACAAUCGCGAUAAGAGCUCUAUAGAAAAUGCCACGCCAUUAAGCGGAAACCAGAAUCACAACACAGCUACCCGCGUUUUCGUGAAACCACCGGCAUCGCCCGUUAAAACACUCCCACCUAUAACCUCACCUCCUUCGCAGACACCCACACCUGAUAGCCAGUUUGGGCCCGGCGGCCUUGGGAGAUUGGAAGUGCCCGAGCUUGAUCGCCGUAUUCGAUGGAAAAAGCAGCCCCAGCAUUUUCCAGUGGCUGCUUCAGAGAUAAUCCCCUUGCCGUCUGGAGUCCCCAAAGAUAUUCCCAGGAUCCAAGCCCCUAAAUUUUACCCAGAGACCUGGAAUGGAAAAGCCAUCCGUGAUCAGAGGUUGGCGUUUAUCAAAGCAUCGUUCAAACGUUCUUGGGAUGGCUAUAGGAUACAUGCCUGGGGCAAAGAUGAACUGCAGCCUGUCUAUGGUGGCAGUAGGGAUCCGUUCAUGGGAUGGGGCGCAACUUUGGUUGAUGGCUUGGAUACGCUUUGGAUAAUGGGUUUCUAUCAAGAAUUUGCAACCGCUGUCAAAGCCGUUGCGAAGAUUGACUUCAAAACCAGUCCCCGCAAGGAUAUUCCUGUUUUUGAGACUGUCAUUCGUUACCUUGGGGGCUUGAUCGGGGCCUACGAUAUUUCCGAACAGCAAUUCCCUGUCCUGCUAGAGAAGGCGGUUGAACUAGCCGAGGUUUUAAUGGGCUCAUUUGACACACCGAACAGAAUGCCUUUGACUUAUUAUUGGUGGGCGCCAACGUAUGCAUCACAACCUCACCGGGCUUCCACGAGAGUUGUUCUUGCGGAGCUUGGCUCCCUGUCGGUUGAGUUUACGAGGCUUGCCCAGCUAACAAAUGAAAACAAAUACUACGAUGCCAUCGCUAGAAUUACAAACGAAUUAGAGAAAUUUCAGCCUAAUACCACUCUUCCAGGUUUAUGGCCGGCGUACGUUGAUCUUUCCGGCUGUAUGAAGAAACCCAAGGGAACUGUAGGUGAAACUCAAGCAGAUGAUGGGACGGUGCUUUUCCCCCCAACCGUACCUGGCCAUAGUGUGCCCCAUAAAGCCUUAAGUCAACGAGAUAGCCCAAUACCUGAAAAGUCGAAAGACACACAGCCGGCAAAAUAUAGCUCAAAAGCGAAACCUGUCAAAAACUCCGACUUGCUCGACUCGGAUUGCGAAGAGGACGGUAUCAAAUCGCCGGCAUUUUCAACAGCAGAUAAAUACACACUUGGUGCUUUGGCGGAUUCCACCUACGAAUACCUACCAAAGAUGCACCUUCUUCUGGGAGGCCUUACGGACCAGUAUCGGAGAAUGUAUAAAAUGGCCAUGGAUACAACUAGGAAGUAUUUGCUAUAUAGACCAAUGCUGCCGCAGGAAUAUGAUAUUUUGUUUCAUGCGUCUGUGACUUCAUACAAUUCACCGAUGGCAGCGAACGGUUUGAAGUACGAAUACGAAGGCACCCAUCUAGGAUGUUUCGCAGGCGGAAUGUUCGCACUUGGGGCUAAAAUUUUUGGAAUUGACGGCGAUUUAGACCUUGCCAGAAAGCUAACAGAUGGAUGCGUUUGGGCAUAUAAUUCCACAAAAACCGGCAUCAUGCCUGAGGGUUUUGAGGUGCUGCCAUGCCCUACUCUUGACCGUUGUGCUUGGAACCAAACCAAGUACUAUAAUGCCAUUGAUCCCUACGAGGAGGAGAGAAAAUCCAGGCACGAGACGUGGCUUGUGCAGAAAGCUGAAAUCGAAAGGUCCAAAAUGAUGGGUCGAAAGGAAACUGAGGCUCCUGGAAAGAGAGCCGCCCUGCCUUUAUCUACAGGCCGUCAUAACGGCGGGCACAUCAAACGGCGCGAUGCAUUGCCUGACGACAUAUCCCGCUUGCCCGAUCGCGAAGAUUCUGCGCUAGAUAUCCUCGGCCCAGAGCCCACGUUCGUCCCCCAAAAGCAAUUUGCUGAACAACUCAUCAAAGAAGACCGCAUCCCUUCUGGGAUGACCAAUCUUCAAUCUCGCAAAUAUAUUCUUCGGCCAGAGGCCAUUGAAUCUGUAUUUUACAUGUAUCGCAUCACCGGUGAGAAAUCCUGGAGAGAAAAGGGCUGGGCCAUGUUUGUGGCAAUUGAAAAGAACACUAUGACCGAACUCGGCACUUCUGCAAUCAAGGAUGUUACGAGCGACGCUCCGACGUACUUGAACGAAAUGGAGUCGUUUUGGCUUGGAGAAACGCUCAAGUAUUUUUAUCUUCUUUUCAGCGACCAUAAUCUCGUCAGUCUAGACGACUAUGUUUUGUAA